AUGACUGCCGAUACUGUCGUGCCCGUGUUCCGUACACCUAAAAGAAGACUAGUUGAUCCAACUAAACGCAAGAAAGCAUCCUUUUCUUGUGACAGAUGUAAGGUUAGAAAAAUAGCAUGCCAGCGUCCAAAUCCCUCUAGCCCCUGUGCUGGUUGUGUGAAAGCUAACUAUGAGUGUUCUACCACCAUCAAAAGAAAAAAGAAGAUUCGUGGUCCCAUUGAAAAUAUCGGACUCCACUACAAGUGUCUCCAUGUUCUCGUGAUGAAUCUCUUCCCUGAGAUCGAUGUGAAUAACAUCGAUGCCCUCAUCAACUUGGGUGAGCUUCAGGGCAUUCAAAUGCCUUCUAGAUUUGGGGGCACAUCCGAAAAGGAAGCCAAAGAGUUGCGUGAACUUUCCAUCGUAAUAACCACUGGAAGAGUUUCGGGAUCUCCGCGGUCUCAGGAUGAGGUGGAGUUGAAGGAGGACUUUUCUGAUGAAAAGAGCCCCGUACCCUUGCAAAAUGAAGUGAAGGUGGACGAUGAAGAGCCUGACAAUAAGUCUCUUGUGGUAUCUCCAGAUCAGGAACUGUGUGUUCCACACAAGGACUACAUCAUAAUUGAUCUGGGUGGAAAUUCUCACUGUAUCGGGCCACUUGGUGCGCCGGGCUUCAUGGACUUAUACUUGCGUAUCAUCGGGCACAAGGGAGGUGUUGAUCUUCUGAAGUGGACAAUGUUCCAAAAGAUCGCAAAAGGUGAGAUGAUCAUCUCUUCCAGCCACGAUCCAAUUCAGCAGAAAGACUUGAACUUUCUAUAUUCAGAGAGCUUCCCAUACUAUGGUGCCAUUGGCCGCCGUGCUGCUGAAUAUUAUGUUGAAGUAUUCUUUCGUCAUGUACAUCUACGCUAUCUUUGUUUCAAUGAGACAUUAUUCCGUGAGACACAUGACCGGUUUUGGGCUGUAGUGGAGUCUGGAGUUAAGGAUAAACUCUCUAACCAAGCCAUCUGUUGUAUUUACAUGGUAUGGAUCCUUGGGAGACUUUACGACCCCACAGAUUUGACGGUAACUGUGGAUGAGGCAACCAUGCAGAAAUAUAUCCACAUCAUCAAGUUGUGCCUCUCUGAUACCUUGUUGACAGCCACAUUGGACGGUGUUCGAGUGUUGCUUCUUUUGUCUGUAUAUCUAGACAACAGCAAGAAGCGUGAAACGGGAUAUAUUUUGGUGGAAUUGGCUGCACGCCAAGCCGUUACUUUGGGAAUUAAUAGAAAGUCUCUUUCUUCAUGUACAGAGGAUGAAGACAAGAAGGAGGAGAUGAGGCGCAUCUGGUGGACAGUUUUUAUCAUGGAGGUUUGUUUCUCAACUCAAAUGGGUAGGUCUUCGUCCAUCCAGAUUGAGGAUGUCAAUAUGGACUAUCCAACAUGCCAAGGACUCGACAUUCCCUCGUGCUUCCCCAAAGCUUAUGUCGGUCAGGUGGAGUUGACCAAAUGUCUCUACGAUGUGUUGCAGUAUCGUAAGUCGCUCACCAGAUCAUGCAACAUUUUAUCAGUUGAAAGUAUCGCCAAGGCAGUGGUAUUACAGAAGAAUCUCACUCAAACAUUCCACAGCAUGGAUCCAACUCUUCUUGAUUUGUCAGAUUUUGAACCAAGCAAGUUGGUGCUUCAUUUCCGGUACAAUUACUACUGUCUCCUGCUUACGCUUCCAUUCUUUUUGCAUGUGGCCAACACACUGUCUGUGAGGAUGAAUGAGUCCAUUGUCUUCCUUAUCAAUCAGUGUGCACGACUGUCGGUUGAUGUAGCCAGGCUUAUAGAGUUGACCGCACAGCAUGAAUUGUUGAACGGAACGUUAUUUCCAGACAUCUUCUACGCAUAUCAUGCGGUAAUGGGAUUGGUAGUUUUCUACUUGAUGUUGAAGGAUAAGAAUUUUGGAUCAGCCAUCGAAUUCCCAAUGCCGGUGCUAGACAAAGCCCUUGCCCAGAUCAAGGCUUUACAGUUGUCCCUGUCGAAGUUGGUAGGGGGUACAUUGCUGAAAAUCAGCAGAUAUAUUGAUGCAUUCAUUGCCGGAUUGGACUAUUUGAAAUGCCGGCCAGUUCAACCAAUUACGGAUAUGAGUAAGGACAAGGAAUACCACUUAAUCAAGCCUUCCAACAUUGGGUCGAGAUUUGUGGCUACUGCACAAGUCAAGCAGGAGAGUAUUCCUACACCCAUGCCAGAGCCUGAAGUAGAGAUGGACGAUUUUCUUCUCUUCCAGGGCAGGCUGUCUUUCGGAGAGUCUACUAUAGGGUCUGUGGACUUUGGAGACAUACUCCUGUCCGACUUCGGGUUUCCUACUUUAGAUGGUGGAUUGGGAGAAGGUUUAUUCAAAAUGGACGGUUUCUAG